UGCUUGGGUAGUUUGGGGGACCUGGGAUGGGCGGGAGCCGCUGUUGGCUCUGCGUGAAAACAAAUGAGAUGGAGGAAAGGAAAAGCCAAGCGCAACACUGCUCUCGAGCGCUGGUCUAAGUCCAGGACAGGGCCACUUGUGUGGGAGUCUGCAGGUGGGCAUCGCUGUGGGGCAGGCAGCAUCCCCCAUCACAUGGCAGCACUGGCAGGUACCACAAGUAGGGCGGGACUGGUAGAGGUCUAGAGGCCACUGUCUCAGAAGGUGCCUCCCGUGGGCUGGGAACGGAUGUUUGGCCAAGAUGAAUAUCCCUUGGGCAGGUUUGAUGCUACUCUGGUUGCUUGCAGAGAAAGAAGUACUUGAUGGGCGAUUAGAAACACAACCCGUGGAGCCUGCUCCUUUUGAGCACAGAGCAGCCCUGCAGUGUUGUCCCCGUCACCCAGUGUGUGCAGCACACCUCCGUGCUUCACAGGUUCCCCUGCCCCAGUGCCCAGGUCCCUGCCUGUGGAGACAUUUGGCGAGGCUGCGGGUUCCCCUGAGACCCCCACAGGACCACAUAGGUCCUGCCUCAGCCGCUGCUCUGUAGGAUGUGGGGACCUUUGGCAAGGGUGGCACCAUCCUGGUUGUCACAGGGUGGGCUGGACCAGGGUUGGGACACAGGGCAAGAGCUCCGGCCCAGUGCAUGGGGCAGGUGAGGAGAGAUUUGGGAGGGAAGCACUCCCUGUUACUGCAAGGGGAGCACUGGGGUGGUGCAGGGGGCAAGCUGAAGGGAUGUCCCACAGCCAGGGCAGAUGCCCACACUGGCAGACCCCCCAAGAAGUUGCAUUCCUUGCUACAGAAGCUGCUUCCCCAGCAACAUGCACCUGCAGGUGCAGAUUUUUGCCCUGCCAAGGCAGGGGAUGAGGCUUGGCUCCUUCUCCAGUGCAGGCUGGCGGUCUACAUGCUGCUGGGGCUGGGGUCCCUGCUGGUGGGGGGGAUGCCCCCACCCUGCCCCCCUGCCUGCCAGUGCUACGACACCUCCAAAGUCUUCUGCUCAGAGGAAAAGAUGCAGGAAAUCCCGGCAGGCCUGCCAGGGAACGCCACCCAGCUCUUCUUCGUGGAGACGGCCCUGAGCAGCAUCCGCAGCGGGGCCCUGGGCUCCAGCACCACCCUCACCAAGCUGGUUUUCCUCAACAACAACAUCCAGGAGCUGGAGGCCGGCGCCUUUCGGGGGCUGUCCAGCCUCACCGAGCUGGAGGUGUCGGGCAACCCCUUGCCGGCAAUCAGCCCGGGGGUGCUGGUGGGGCUGCCCAGCCUCAUCAAGCUCUCCCUGGGCGCCAACGCCAUCCGCUCCCUGCAGUCGGGGCUCUUCGCCGCUGCCUGCCGCCUGCAGGACCUGCGCUUGCCGGGGAACAAGAUUGAGGUGCUGCCCCCCGGCAUCUUCCGCCAGCUCCGGCACCUCCAGACCCUGGACCUCUCACAGAACAUGCUGGCCGAGCUGCCGGCCGGGCUGCUGGCCCCCCUCACCGCCCUCCGCCUCCUCAAGCUCAGUGACAACCUGCUGGUGCGGGUGCCCCCCGGUGCUUUCAGGGCGCUGGGCCAGCUGGCCGAGCUCCACCUGGAUGGUAACCGGCUGGAGGAGCUGCCGGCCAGUGUCUUCACGGGGCUGGGGGGGCUGCGGCGACUGCAGCUGCAGCACAACGCCCUGGGCAGCCUGGCCCCUGACAUCUUCGCUGGUCUCCCCAACCUCACCGUCCUCAGCCUGGAGGGCAACCGCCUGGCCACCCUGCCCGCCACCCUCUUCACCAGCACCCCUCGCCUCCUCCACCUCUCGCUGGCCCGCAACCAGCUGGAGAUGCUGCCCCAGGGGCUCUUCGCCAACCUGUCGGCACUGCAGACCCUGGCGCUCUCGCACAACGCCAUGGCCCACCUCCCUGCCGGGGUUUUCCAGGGGCUGACGGGGCUGGCAAUGCUGCAGCUGAGCUACAACACUCUCUCCAGCCUGCCGCUCGGGCUGCUGGCCGGGCUGCCCGUCCUCACCACCCUGGCGCUGGACCACAACCGCCUGGUCCGCCUGCCCCCGGGGCUCUUCGAUGCCAAUGAGGAGCUGGCACACGUGGGGCUGGGUGACAACCCCUGGGCCUGCGACUGCCGCCUCACCUACCUCCUGGGCUGGCUCCAGGACUUCGCUGAGCCCCUCACCCACGCACAAGCCUCCUGCGCCAGCCCAGCUGCCCUGCGGGGACGGUCCCUGCUGGAGGUCCCCCAGGGGCAGCUGGAGUGCCCGGGAGCACCCAGUGUCCCACUGGAGGAGGGCUGGGAUGGGGCACCAGGUGGCGGGGCUGAGGCCUGAGUACCAGGGCGCCUGGGUGCUGCGCUCCCGCUGUGGCAUGCUGCAGGUCAGCGUCCUUGUCACGGCGCAGAGCAGGGACGAGGCCACAUCGCCAGGUCUCCCUGCUGCACCCUAGGGCUCAGGCAGGUGUCUGCUUCUGCUCUGCUGUUGCUUUGGCCACCUCCAAACCAGCCUGGGAAACAGCACCUCAUCUUGUUCUGCUACCCCCGCCGUGGUCACCAGCCGUCACCGAGCUCUCCACAAGAGCUGGCCUGGUGAUAUUUAUUCUCCCACCCAUGCAUUUCCUGUGUAUUUCAAAUAUCAUUAAAAUGUAUAUA